UCCGGAUCUGAUCACUGCCCUUGCAUUGGCCAACCCCAACAAUCGCGUCAAUUGCAACACAUGUCAACUGACACAUCCGCCUACUCACGCCAGCUAUGUUCUAUUCAACCGCACGCCUUCAUGGUUCUCUGCGGGACGAUCCUCUGUUCGUGGAACAUUCGCGCUUGUCAAAGAAGGCUCCCUGGAGCGUCGCGUGUUCCUCUGGCGUGUUUUUGCGUGCAUCGGCCCCUUGUUUCAGGUGUGUGGAAAGUGAUGUUGGAAAACGUUCUGGUAACCUAUGGUGCCUCUCGGCCCUCAUAAUAUAUGCGCAGCCUGUGCUGGAAGACUGGGAACAUCGGGGGGAGUCACAGUGACAAGUAUGCCAGCUUCUCUUUGGCUGGCGAGGUUCUUUUUAAGCUU